AUGGAGCACCUUCGAGAAAUGUUCCUUGAUAUUCGGCACUUUAUAUUCCCGGAUGACUGCUACGAGGAACUCGUCACAAGAUUCAACGUCUCGCAUCCAGUUUGCCCGAACAUUGUGCUGUCGCGCGUGCUCGGUCUGGCAAUAACGGCUGGUUCGAUGGCGCUGUUCAUCCCGCAAAUACUCAAGAUCGCUGCGGCAAGAAGCGGGAAGGGGAUCAGCUUUCCGGCGCAGCUCCUAACGCUGGUCGGAGUUAUCGGGAUGCCGGCUUAUUCGUACGACCAAGGCUUCGUUUUCUCACAAUGGGGCGACGGACUCUUUUCGGCGAUACAGCUUGUCAUCAUCUGUAUGCAAUUGCUUUAUUUUGAUGGACGAGGGAUGUUCGCAGCGGUUUUCGCCAUUUCCUGGGCGGCAGCAGCGAUAGCAGUAUACAUACACGCCGUCCCACCUACAAUACUCGCCGCCUUCCUCUCGGGCGGAACCGCCAUAGUUAUCGUCGCGAAAGCGAUCCAGAUCUACCAAAAUUGGUCCCAGCGUUCAACCGGCCAACUGGCCUUCAUCACAGUGUUGCUCCAAUUUGCCGGCAGUCUGGCAAGAAUCUUCACCUCAAUGCAGGAGACGCACGACUUCCAAUUGAUAAUGGCCGCAUCACUUGCCACACUCUUUAACGGAUCAAUUUUUGCUCAAUUUCUCAUCUACUGGAACAAAGAACUCGUCACGAGCCCCAGGACUACGUCGAAGACGCCAUCCCCGAAUCGACGGUUCCCCACCAGUCAACUGUCACCGCUUCUUUGCAUACGGUCACCACGUUUAUUAUCAGAAAUCUCUGGGGACAUGGAUCGGUUGUACAUCCCGUGCAGUUUCUGGGAACACGCGGCGGAUGAUUGCACAGUGGUCAGUCAGCUGAAA